CAUAACUAUUGAGUGAAUUCAGUAUAUGUACAGUGAUAUUCGAAUGAGCUUCUAAAAAACUUUCGAAUCGAAUUUUGAUUGAAAAAUUACGUCAUGGGUACAACGGAAUACUUUUAGCUUCGGAGUUAUAUUGCCCAUUAGUAUCAAUCACUGCACAUCGGAACAAAUGAAUUCAAUAGGAGUUUAGAUGCUGCAAAUCAAAACGAAUAAUGACUUCUGAAACCGGGUUGGAUUAUAUUAUUGAAAAUAAGGAGUUUAUUAAAAAGUUGGCGACAGCUCUCGAUACAGAUGCAGUACCCGUGAAGAAACAAGUGUUCGAAUUAUUAUCAGCGUUGUGCGUCUACUCUCCAGAUGGCUACACGAGGGCAUUGGACGCCCUUCAGCACUAUAAGGAGACCAAAAAGACAAGGUAUCGGUUCAGCCUGAUUUCAGAUGAACUUAACCAAGCUAAAGUAACAGCUUACAAGUCAACAUUGGUGGCGUUAAUUAACUGUAUUAUCAUAUCCACUGACAAUAUCGAAGAGAGGAUACGUAUCAGAAAUGAGUUUAUAGGGCUUAAACUAUUGGAAAUCAUACAAAGAUUAAGGGAUGAUUCUACAGAAGAUGAAGGUAAAGCUGAUCUUCUGGUUCAACUUGAUGUGUUUGAGGAAGAAAAGGCGAACGAUGAUGAACAACUACCUGGGCCUAUUGGUGUUGACCUUAGUUCUCAUAUCGAUGUCUUCAAUGCCAUAUACAAGCAGGUAUGUGAAGGUCAACAUGAAGCCCAGUUCCUUGCCAUUUUACAACACCUACUGCAGACCGACUUCACAGACCCCAUUAGUACCGUCAUAUGGGACACUAUAGAAAAGCUAGUCUAUGGAGCAACCUUAAUGGAGAAGAAAGAGGAUGCAGAAACAGUGAAAAUCCUUGGAGAGAAAAAACUGGAAAAAGCAAUUAAAGAGUUUAAGGGGGCUUGCACGUGUAAUUGCCACAAAUCGGAAUCAAAGUCAAAUGAGGGCUCGUCAACAGUGACGUCACAACCACCACCACCCGCCCCGCCACCUCCUACCUUAUCCGGGGCUCCGGUGCCUCCGCCUCCUCCUCCCACUCCAGGGGGCGCUCCUCCUCCCCCUCCUCCAUUUGGGGCCCCACCACCACCACCACCGUUUGGUGGAGCUCCACCCCCUCCAUCCAUGACAAACACAAAGCCUCAGGUAAAACUACCUCAGCAAAAAAUACCAUGCCCAAAGUCAAAAAUGAGAAAAUUGCAGUGGAAUAAAAUCCCAGUGAAUAAAGUACUGGGAAAAAAUAAUGUGUGGACAAAGGCUGGUGAGAGGUUUAAUGGGUAUACAGUUGACUAUGACUCAAUGGAGAAUCUGUUCAGUCUGAAACAACAGAACAGUGAAAGUAAAGCCGUUGACAAAACCGAUGGCAAUACGGAGAAAAGAAAGAAAGAUUCAACGAUCAAUCUCCUGGAUGGUAAAAAGAAUCUGAACGUCAAUAUCUUCCUUCGUCAGUUUCGUUUAUCCAACGAAGAAAUCAUUCAACUUUUAGUGAACAGCCAGAGCGAACAAUUUGGUGCUGAAAAACUUCGAGGGUUAUUGAAAGUGUUGCCAGAACCAGAUGAGGUGGAGAUGUUAAGAUCGUUCGAUGGUGAUAAAAACAAACUUGGAAGUGCUGAAAAGUUCUUCCUUCAACUGCUGAAUAUUCCCAAUUACAAAUUACGUAUAGAGGCGAUGUUGAUUAAAGAAGAGUUCAAAAUGAAUAUGGAUUGGAUCAAGCCAUCCAUGGAUGCUAUCAUUCUUACUGCUAAAGAUAUAAAGGACAGUACGAUGCUACAGGAGAUUCUCUAUCUGGUCUUAAUAGCUGGGAAUUUUCUAAACGCUGGUGGUUAUUCCGGCGACGCUGCUGGCUUCAAACUUGCCUCUCUGCUAAGACUCACAGAAACCAGAGCGAAUAAGCCAAGAAUGACGCUGAUGCAUUACGUUGUAAUGCAAGCUGAAAAGAAGAAUCCAAAAUUGUUAGACUUCAGUCAGCCACUGAAAUAUCUGAAGGACGCUUCACUUGUUUCCUUUGAUAACCUGACAACUGAGAUUAGUGGUCUUGAUACAAAGGUGACAUCUAUUGCUGAUCAGUUGAACCAAACCAGUCCAGAAUUCCAGGCUCAAAUGCAAGACUUUUUAAAAUAUGCCAAAAGUGAAAUGCAUGAACUCCAAGAGGACCUGAAAGAAAUGGAAGAACUUAGAGUGGAACUUGCUGACUUUUUCUGUGAGGACACAUCAACUUUCAAACUGGAGGAAUGCCUGAAGACUCUCCAAACAUUCUGCCUGAAGUUCAAAAAGGCAAUUGAGGAGAAUAAACAAAGAAGAGUUGCAGAAGAGAAGGCAGAACAACGAAAGAAGCUACAAGAAGAGAAAGAGAAAAAACGCCACUCUGGCGACGUUGGUACUCAAGAGAAGAAGCGUCCAACAUCUGGGAACAGCUUAGAGGAGGAUGGGUCUAUAGUUGACAAACUCCUUGGUGAUAUCCGUAGCGGCUUCACAAACAAGAAGCUUGGUGACACAAACUUCAGUGUUGAGAAAGUAAAGGCAGUGAAUUUGGACAGUCCAGCACCUAGUGGUGAUUCGACCCCAGAGGGAGACUUUAAUCGGUUUGGUCCUUUACGAAACAGUGGAAGAAGAGGAAACAAGCUUGCACAUAGACUUAGAGCCAUAGAGGAGCAGAAUGGUACUGAUGAUAGCCCAAGGUCUGGGAGUAACAGGAGUAGUUUAGUUGAAACAGACAGUGAUGGAAUGGGAAGUGGUGAACAUCCUGUUGAAAAACCAAAACGGUAUCGUAAAAAGAAUCCUAGUGACAAUGACCUGCUUGAUUUUCUUCUGCAAAAUGAAGAUGAGGAUGAACAUGAGCAAUUCUCACUGGAAAAACAAUGGAGUAUGCGGAGAAAGAGACAAUCGCGUAAAGGUGGGUCUAACGCACUUAGUGAAUUUAUAGACCGUGAACGUGCCACCUCUCCUUCCCCAUUGACCCUUGGAGAAAACAAACCAGUGAAAUCCACGAGUCCACCAAGUACAUUAGAAAGAGGAUCCACUGAGAGAAGGUCGUGGAGAAACAGAUUUGAAAAGGGAGAAUUAGAUCAAGUGUCAUCUGGUGGAGACUUACAUGAGUCCAGAGCUCAUAGAGAGUCAAAAGCUCAGUCAGUGGACAGAGAACGGGGUAAUAAAAGCUCAAAUAGUGACAAUGAUAACAAACCAUCUGAAAGAUGGCGCUCUAGACGACGAUAUAGUGAUAUGGAUCAGUUAGAAAAAGACAGCAAAAUCAUGAUUAGUAAAACAAAUGCAAUGGAAGAUAUAAGGAAAGUUAAAGAAAGAUUUGAGGGCGUGAAAGAUAAAGAAGAAAAAACAGAUGAAGUAGAUAAUAGUCGGCCAGUAUCAAGGCAGUCCAGUACAUUAAGCGACGAGGUCUUCAAAAGCCCAGUCGUCCAUGAGAAAUCUAUUGACUCUUCCGUUAACAAUAUGAAUGCAAAAUUAAAUAAUGAGAAUGAUAGACGAACAAAGGCUUUGGCAAAAUGCACAAGCUCAAUAACGUCUAAUAAUUUAACAUCAGUUCUGGACAAUAUAGACUCAAGAAAAGAUACUGAAAUUAAAGACAUUGAUUCAAAAGUAUCGUCAGAAGAACGAAGACUGAAGCUUCAAAAGCAGUAUAGCGUUAGCAAGGAUUCAGUCGCAGCGCUCAUACAAAAUGUAGAAGUGAAACAGAAUGACAAACAAAUGGAAAUACCAUCUAAAACAACUGACUCUAAUGCUAAUGCCACCAAGCCAAACUGGUCAAGUGACAUUGAUAGAACAAUAAACUCAAUUCAACGAACGGGUAAAGAAAUUGAAAGGAUGGUUACUGUGGAACCAGAGAAAACAGAAGCCGAACUAAAGGCUGAACAAGAACAGAAGGAAAAGGAAGCUGCUGAGAGGAAAGCAAGACUUAAGGGCUCUUUAACGUUUGAUGGGGCUGAUGAUGAAGAAGGGGGGUUCUUUCUCCGAACUGGAUCUCUCAGAAGGAAAUACGUUGACAUUGAUGAGUCGCCAAGUACAAAGACUCAAAAGGCCUUGUUUGAUCACUCAUCUGGAAGUUGGAGGCGUGACCUAGAUAAUAAAGCUGCAGGUGACGCACUUGAAGUAAAUGAUGAACACGAACAUACUAAGAGUCAUACCAGACCCCUCUCAGCAAGAAUGAGUUACUAUGAUAACGUGCCCACACCUAUAGAAGAGGAAGAGAAUGGUAGUAAAUCGUCAGAAAGCACUCCUAAGUUAACAAGGUCAGUGAUUGGAGAUACAAGCAUGGAUACAAGUAUAAAAGAGCCCUCACGACUUCAGAGGUCCUAUUCCAUGAGGUUACGGGGAAGUGACAAGAGCUCUGACACCAACUUAGCGAGAGAUCCUAGAAGAUGGGGUCGUUAUUAUGGGGAUGUCAACUUAGAUAAUAAGGAAGAGCCUUCUUUAAAGAGAAAUCAAAGUGCAGUUGAAAUCAAAAGUUAUAGAAAAUUUGAAGAUUCACCUGACCUUACAAAUGGCUCUACAGACGAUGCUCCAUCUAGUAACCAUAAAAAUGGGAAAAAGGAAUAUAAUUCAGAGACUGAUAAGCCGUCAAGGAAAGACAAUAGACGCUGGAGCUCUGUAAUAGAUUCCAAUGAUAUAAAAUCUGUAGCUCAAAAAUAUGAUGACAAAAACUUUUCUGCAGAAACUUCUGAUUUCUUGGCUAAAAUGCGAGCUAGGAAAGCCAAACAGAAAGAAAUAUUACAACAAGAAUCGACAAGCUCUGAAUCCACUAAGUAUUCCUCGGAUUCAGUUAAAAGAAGGAAUCAUCCAAAUGACUCAACGAGACCCAUGUCAGAUGAAAGCUUACCUAGAUCUGAUUCUACCAAUGAAAAUGAUAGAGAUGAGGGGUUCGAGACUCAAUCUGAGACUGUUUCCCAAAGAACCUCAAUGAGUAGCACCUUAAGUGCCGAUCUCACUGGUACACCAACCUUAAAACGAAAGGGAAUACGAUCUCCUGAGCCAACGGUGAUCGAGACAGAUGAAGACACAAGAACAAAAUUAGCCAUAAGUUUGGAGAAGUUACACAAACCCACAAUUUCAGAAUGGAAAACUGAAAAUGAUGAUGAUUAUGAUAGCGUCGCGGAUGAAAGUGAAAGAGCAGACGCUCCGACUACUAAUGAUUUCCCUGGUUUGAAGUUGAACGACGCGUGGGCAGUGGCUAUGAGGGCUAGUGAAAGUGAUACAAGUGCAAACGCAGAAGACAGCUCAACGACCUGGACAGAGAUCAACACGUCGAGUAAAGUUCAUGAGCUCCCAGAAACAAUUCAAAAACAAAUCAAAUCUCCAGCAUCAGAAAAGAAAAUUAAAAAGCAGAUAGUUAACCCAACAAGACACGGAACUUCUACGUCGACUCAUAACAGCAAAGCUGUGAGUCAGAAAGAGAAGCACCAGCCACAACAGGCGCUUGUACAUCCAAGCUUUAGGCGGGGUGGUUCCCUGAGAAAACCUGCACUCGAUACUGGGAUAAAGAAAAAAGCAACAAGUAAAACAGCAGAUGCAGUUACAGCUAGGCUUGCUGGAACUAAGCACCAUUCUGGUUCGAACAGUAGCCUGGCGUCGAACAUUAGCACGUCGAGUACUUCUACUAAUUUAUCGAGACGUGACGUCACAAGGAGAUCACUACCAGCUAGAAGUACCCCCGCUCCUAGAGGCCAUGCCAAGGUAUCAAAGGAACCAACAUUCAGUCCAAGUCCGUCCAAAACAUCGGUGAAAUCCCCGGAGACGACCCCAUUCCAAAGGGCAGGCAGCAUAAGAAAGAGCACUACCACUCGACCUAAUGUCAGGGCGUCCCUCUUGGCACCAACGGCGUCAUCAGCAUCCAAAGAAGCCACACAGAGUAAAACAUCUACCGUAAAGUCAAACAACCCCCAAAAUAAAGGGUCAAACAGAGUUUCGCCAGCCCCAGGAAAAUCCCAACGUGGUCCUCCUAAAGUAACCCAUCAUACAACCCCUGGAGUUCACGCACCUCCUCAUAGAGUCCAAUCUCCCACUCCAACAUCCCAGAAAAUGACGGAUAUUGCAGCAAACGGACCAAGACUGGGAGUAGUUGCCCCAAUGAGAAAAACUACAAACCCUAAUAAUAAAUCACUCCAUACAUCUAAGGAUGAAGACUUACUGUUAAAAAAACCGAAGAGGCCAAAUAGUAUAUCUGUUGCCCAAAACCAAUCUCCGAAAUCAAAACCAUCACAACAAGUAGAUGAAAACCAUGACAUGAAGGGAACUAAUGUUAAACGUUCACCGUCAUUUUUGAAGAAAUUUGGCAUUGGUAUAGGAAAGGUGGAUAAAUCUGGAGUGAGAAAAUCUGAACUGAACAAAGGUGACGUGUCUGCCGUUUCCCCUGAUAGACAAAGAAAACCGAUUUUGGUAUAACAGGGUUCACACGUUCAGUGAUUUAUGAAUAAUUAUGGAAUAUCUUUAGCGACACAGUUACGGAAUACGUAUAAAAGGGAAUACACAUUACAACAAAAACGCUUACUUAAUGAUAUAUAAACAGUUAAAAAAGUUACAGAACACCUAUACUACGAAAUACUUAUCGCCACACAAAUGCGUAUUGCAUGCUGAAUGAUUUAUUAAACAGUUGAAAAAAGUUACAGAACACCUAUACUACGAAAUACUUAU